AUGACUUCAACUUGCCUCAACGACGGCUCCUGGGGACCUGGCGUCCAAGGGUGCCGAGGCGACUUUGACUUUACGCAGAAAUUCGAGCGUAUAUUUCUCUCUAUUAUACCGACUUCUGUAUUUAUUGCUUCGGCGAUUGCGCGUGUAGCUGUUUUGGCGCAGAGGGAGAGGAUUGUCAAUGGCGUGCUUUUACAAUUGGUCAAACUUCCUGAAGCGUGGUCAGCGAUUCUACGACCAUCGACUCUACUCAACAUCUACGUUUUGCUUACACUUUUGUUCGAUAUCGUGCAAACCCGCACAUCAUGGCUUCUCGUCAGUGGAUCAUCGCAACAGGCUCGUCUAUUCACAGCUUCCGUCGUGGUCAAGGCUGUCAUCCUCUGUCUAGAGACAAUCCCCAAAACAAGAUGGAUUCACUGGGUUGCAGAGGAGCAUAGCCCCGAGGAAUCGAGCGGGGUGUUCAGCGUUGGAGUGUUUGCGUGGUUGAACCGGCUCUUCGUUAGAGGUUAUCAAGGGGUCUUGAAGAUAGAGGAUCUGUAUCCUCUUGAUGAGAGCAUGGCCUCAAACGGACUACAGAAGCGAUUCGCAAAACACCUCCAGAUUCAUCGGUACAACCAAGAGCCCAAAUCAGGCCUGUUGAAGGACUUGGCUAGAACGCUCAUAGGCCCGAUCCUCCUCCCCGUUGCCCCUCGCGUUGCCCUCAUCGCCUUCCAAUUCUGUCAACCAUUCUUCAUUGACUCUACAUUGAACUAUCUUCAAGCCCCAGAGACCCCCAACUCCAAAAGUGUCAGCUAUGGUUUGGUUGGCGCCGCGUUUCUCAUUUACGCCGGAAUAGCAGUCUCCUCAGCCUUUUACGGUUAUUACAUGGAGAGGGCCACUUAUAUGAUUCGAGGCUGUCUGGUUGCUGCUAUCUACGAAAAGACCACACAAAUGAAGAUUACAGCUGCUGACGACUCUGCUGCAUUGACUCUUAUGAGCUCGGAUGUUGAACGGAUUCUUAGGGGUGCCAAGAACGCGCACGAUCUCUGGGCAAAUCCCAUCGAGGUGGCCAUUGGGUGCUGGCUUCUCUACGGAAAGCUCGGCGCAGCAUUUAUCUCUCCUCUUGUCGUCAUUUUAGUUUGUGCCUUGCUACUCUCGUGGUUGAUCACGUUGGUAGGCAAGAGGCAGAGCGAAUGGAUGAAUAGGAUCCAAAACAGAGUCGGCUUGACUUCGAAUGCGAUUUCGCAAAUGAAGCUAUACAAGAUCUCGGGCAUCACCGGCCCUGUAGCGGAUCUUAUUCAGAGUCUCCGCGUAGGAGAGAUCAAGGUUGGAAACAGCUUCCGCUGGCUAUUGAUUCUGGCUGCGAUAUUGGGAUUUACACCUGUUGCUAUUUCACCUCCGGUUACUUUUGCUUUCACCUCGCGAGAGUUGAAUAUUAACACGCUCUUCACGUCGCUGUCGUAUAUCCUUCUCUUCACAACGCCUGUCGUGGCUCUCUUUCAGAGUCUGCCUGGUAUCUUUGCUGCUUUGACCUGUGUGGCUCGAGUACAGAGAUUCCUUGCAGCGGACCCUCGCAACGACUUUCGAGAACAUCAAUCCGACCUGCUAUCCGAGAAGAGCUCUUCAGAUGAUGCUUCGGAAGUUGCUUUCUCCAUUGAGAAUGGGUGCUUUGGAUGGGGAGGCGAGAAGAUGACAUUAAGAGACAUCAAUGUUUCUAUCCCCGCCCAUAAACUCACCAUUGUGGUUGGCGAAGUUGCCUCGGGAAAGACUACCUUUUGUCAAGCUCUCCUCGGUGAACUACCCGUAUCUUCAGGUACGAUCAAGACCUUGAUUCCCUCUCAUCGCAUCGCGUAUUGCGAUCAAUCCGUCUUUCUCUACAACGGAACGUUCCGACAAAACAUCAUCGGUCACUGCGCCUUUGACCAGGCAAAAUACGAUGAGAUCAUUGAAGCCACCAUGCUCUCCCAAGAUGUAGCUCUCUUGCCACAAGGUCACAACGCCAAUAUUGGGAGCAACGGUAUCAUGUUGUCCGGUGGCCAGAAGCAGCGACUCAGUGUGGCACGGGCAUUAUACUCUGGAGCAAAUUUGAUGAUCUUUGAUGACAUACUCAGCGGUCUGGACUUGGGGACUGAAUCUGAACUGUUCCGUCGCGUUUUUGAGGGUAUAACUCGUCGGAGGAAUGUUACCGUCAUUAUAUGUACUCACUCGGUGCGUCACUUGCCGCUUGCAGAUCAUAUUAUUGCUCUUGGUAACGGCACUGUCAUUGAGCAAGGAGAUUUCGCAGAGUUGAUGCGAAACAACAAGUACGUUCACAGUCUUGGUGUUAAGCACAGAGAUACAGAUUCCUCAUCGGAAAAUGACAAGUCUGAAACAAUAGUCACUGUUCCUGCUGUCAGGAUCGUGUCGUCUUCCGCUGCGGAGGCAGCAGAGGAUAAAGCAAGGCAGCAAGGCGACUUUUCCAUCUACAAGCAUUACUUCAAAAGCGUUGGGACAUGGGCAGUCGUCGGUGUCGCACUAUCAGGAAUGCUAGCAGGAACAGAACUUCACCAACGGGCUAUCCUCACUGUCAUCUCCGCACCGUUGAGGUUCUUCACGACGACUGACACGGGCGUGGUGACGAAUCUUUUCUCUCAGGAUAUGACCAUUCUCGACAGUGAAUUACCCCUGGCACUUUGUAAUUUCACUUUGGAUAUAUCAAUUACUAUAGGAUCGGCGUUUGUGGUGGCAUCUGCUUCUCCGUAUCUCGCCGUUGGAUAUCCUUUCCUAGCCGGAAUUCUCUAUUUUAUCCAGAUGUUCUAUCUUCGUACGUCAAGGCAGCUGCGACUGCUUGAUCUCGAGGCAAAAAGUCCCCUGUACUCGCAUUUUAGCGAUACUAUGAGAGGUAUCGCAACCAUCAGAGCUUUUGGAUGGCAACAGAACGACAUAGUAUACAACAACCAACUCCUCGAUACAUCCCAACGCCCUGCAUAUCUGCUAGCCAUGAUUCAACAGUGGUUGGCUUCAUCACUACGUCUCAUCGUCACCGGCAUCGCUGUUAUCCUCGUCGCAUUGGCAACUCAGCUUCGAACCAACGCGGGUUUGACAGGUGCUAGUUUAAUUUCUCUUCUGACAUUCAGCGAGAUCAUGUCCGAUGUCAUCAAAAGCUAUACAUCUCUGGAGACGUCCCUGGGCGCUGUCAGCCGCUUGAGAUCUUUCAGCGAGACUGUUGCGACAGAGAAUAUGCCUGGAGAAGAUAUCGAGCCACCCGAGACUUGGCCUCAAAAUGGACAUGUUCAGAUUGGCAAAGUGUCCGCUUCUUACGACGUUGAUGCGAAUAGUCAGGAGGAAACUGAGCUUAACCUUGUACUGAGAGACCUAGAGCUGGAUAUCCUUCCAGGACAAAAGGUUGCGAUCUGCGGCCGUACAGGAAGUGGAAAGUCUACUUUGAUACUGCUCCUCCUACGACUCCUGGAUCCUUUGUCAUCAUGUUCUACCAACAUGAAGAUCGACGACGUAAACUUGCACGAGAUUGACCGAGCCACUCUACGCAAACGCAUCAUUUGUAUCCCUCAAGAGGCAGUCUUUCUACCAGACGGAAGCUCCAUCAAAGCAAAUAUUGAUCCUUACAACGCAGCUACUGACGCCGAGUGCUUCACUGUUCUCAACACAGUUCGUCUAACCAACUUUGUCCACGACAAGGGCAGUUUAAACGCGGGCAUGAGCGCCGAAGAUCUAAGUGCUGGACAAAAGCAGCUUUUCAGUCUUGGCCGAGCAAUUCUACGUCGUCGAGUUCGCGAUCGGGGUGAGAAGAAACAGGGCGGACUACUUCUGCUGGAUGAAGUGAGCAGUAGUGUGGACAGAGCCACCGAUAGGGCAAUGCAGGAAAUCAUAAGAGAUGAGUUUGAGAGUUAUACUAUUGUCAUGGUUUCGCAUCGGCUGGAGAUGGUUAUGAAGUACUUUGAUAGGGUUGUUGUGCUUGACAAGGGGAGUGUUGUGGAGGACGGUGGGCCGAGGGAGCUUGUUGAGAGGGAGGGGAGUAGGUUUGGAGAGCUUUGGGGUAUUGAGAAUGAUGGCAAGUCUGAGUAG